AUGCCUGGAGACAGGGAGCAGGACAUCUGCAUGAAGGCACUCUCACUGGUGGCGGAGCUGUGCAGUAGUGGGAUUGUAGAAAACGAGAACUGCUUGGACUUCAUCUACUACCGGAUAGACAGAGCCAGACCUCGUCUAAAUGACUCAGAUGUUUCCGUGAGCUUGCUGUCUCUUUUGGUAACAGCCUGUGGACUCGCCCUCUUUGGUGUAUCACUUUUCGUCUCAUGGAAACUUUGUUGGAUUCCUUGGCGAGAACGUGGCUUGAAAGGAAGCAAAGAACAUGAGCACCUGAACUAUGCAGACAGUGACACGAAUGAGCAUGACUACAGUGAUAACUAUCUGGGGCAGCCCCCUCUAUUUCCGGAGUCAUCCAUGAAGAUCAGUCAUACGUCCCCCGAUAUUCCCUUGGAAGCCAAGAGCGCCAAUAAGGAAAACUGUGUUCACAAUGUUCGGAUGCAAAGGCAAAUCACAGAACCAACGUCAUCUGCUCGACACAAUUCCAUCAGAAGACAGCUGAACCUUUCGAAUCCUGACUUCAACAUCCAGCAGUUUCAGAAACAAGAACAACUGACUGGAAUUGGUCGUAUCAAACCAGAACUUUACAAACAAAGAUCAGUGGAGACCGAUGAUGGUCGGAGGAACAAUAGCAAAUCUUGUGGGAAACUCAAUUUUAUCAUUAAAUAUGACUGUGACAUGGAAAAACUUAUAGUAAAAAUUCAUAAGGCGCUUGGCCUGCCAGCAAAGGAUUUCUCGGGAACAUCAGAUCCUUAUGUGAAGAUUUAUUUGCUUCCAGAUCGAAAAACAAAACACCAGACUAAAGUCCACCGGAAGACACUAAAUCCGGUGUUUGAUGAAGUUUUUUUAUUUCCUGUCCCCUAUAAUGAGUUGCCCACCAGGAAACUCCACUUUUCUGUUUAUGAUUUUGACCGUUUCUCAAGGCAUGAUGUCAUUGGACAGAUCAUAGUGGAUAAUUUUUUAGAUUUGGCAGAUUUUCCUAGGGAAAGUAACAUUUGGAGGGACAUCGAACACGUCACCAAUGAUAAUGUUGACCUUGGUGACUUGAUGUUCUCUCUCUGCUACCUCCCUACUGCUGGAAGACUUACCAUCACUAUCAUAAAGGCAAGAAACCUUAAGGCGAUGGAUAUCACAGGGGCUUCUGAUCCCUACGUGAAGGUGUCAAUAAUGUGUGAAGGGAGGCGGCUGAAGAAAAGAAAAACAUCUACCAAGAGGAACACAUUAAACCCUGUUUAUAAUGAAGCCAUAGUAUUUGAUGUCCCGCCAGAAAAUAUCGAUCAGAUCAGUUUGUCAAUAGCAGUGAUGGAUUACGACCGUGUAGGUCACAAUGAGGUCAUUGGGGUAUGUCAAGUAGGCAACGGCGCAGAGAGCUUGGGUCGGGAGCAUUGGAGUGAAAUGCUAUCAUAUCCAAGAAAGCCCAUCGCCCACUGGCAUCCACUUGUCGAGUGGUCUGCUCAAAAUGUGGCAACCGGCAAUGGAUCAUGCAAUUCUCUGAAGGGUCCACCAUCUCCGUGA